AUGCUUGUCCAGUAUUGGACCCGACGAUAUAAACAUUUGGUAUCCGGUGAACCUGGUGGGAGUGCUCAACACCGAGCAAGUAUCCGGACCUAUCUGCGAGAGGGUUUGGAUCUGUCAUGCCUGGAGUUCUUUGCCAGAUUCGUGCUAUCUGCGUUUAUGCACAUAUCGGUCUUCCUCUUCCUCGCAGGACUUCUUCUUUUCUUCAGGAACAUUAACAUGGCAGUUGCGCAUGCCGUCGAGGCAUGGGUAACAAUAUGUGGUAUAUUUGUUUCUCUCGAUAUGCUCCAACUAGCUCCCAUCGUACCCUGGCAAACCGUGGAUCCAAUUGCUAACAAGUCAGGAAUGGGCAUUCUGGAAAGAACAAAUAUGCAGGCGUAUUGA